GCCUGGCGUCCAGGGUCAUUUCCUUUCAUAACGACCACUGCCAUCCUUGCAUUAGCAUUUUCACUGCUGUGGGGGCAACACUUGAGUGUGCAAGUGUGUGUGUGCUUGGUUGCUUGCUCGCUUCGGGGCCUUAUUAUGCAGGGACUUGGGAAGACAGAGAGAGGGGAGCAGGGCCGAGACAUCGACCUGACGUCGCUGAGAUCCACCAUGCCAGCCAGCGGCCCUCUGCAGGGAGGUUCACCCUCUAAUCUGAACAUGAAUCUGUAUGCCACUAAGAAGACAGCAGCUGAGGGCAUGUUGGACAUUGCUCUCUUCCUGGCUAACAUCACACACAUGAAGACUGUCAUCGAACAGGGAGCUGGAUACAGGUACUACGCUGCGGUCCUGACACUCAUCUCCUUCUCCUUGGCUCUGCAGAUAGUGGCUGGAGUCCUUAUCAUCAUCAUUGGCCGUCGGGACCUGAAUAACUCCGCUCUGCAGAAACGUCUGGAUUACCUGAACAACGUAACAACCGCCAUAGUCUUCAUUACCACAAUCCUCAACUUCUUCAUCAGUACCUUCGGCAUGCAGCGCACUGGACACUUCCCAUGGCUCAUGAUGCGCUUUCACUGACAUACACACACUUCUGUAGACCACUGUACCUUUAGACUGCACUACCACACAGACACACUCAUCAUUGCUCAUAUAACAUGCACACAUACAAAUGUGCAGUGAACAUUUUCCAUUUGAAGUCUUUGUGUAAAAUCUGUACAUGU